UUGGCCUGCCAUUUUCCUCCCUUUCUCUCCCUCCACCCACCGACCACUCCCAAUUCGAAAGCCCCCAAAUCCUUCUCUCAUGCGCGCUGGUCCUUGCGCAGCUCCAUCGAGAUGGCGGCGCCGAGGAUCGUGGUCGGCCGGGACGAGGAGAACGCUCUGGGCACCGACGAGGACUCGCCUACAAGCAAGAAGACCGCCGGCGCUCGCCUCGAUUCCUCGAAGUUUCCUUUGAAUCGUUGGGAAACGGCUGCUGCGCUCUCGGUGUUCCUUAUCUUCUCAGCUGGCCUCUUUUGCAUCUUUCUUACCAUGCCCAAGGCCGAGUACGACAAGAUCCUCCGCUUCCCCCGCACUAUCUCCGAUCUUCGCAUCCUCAAAGAUAAUAUUGCCGUCUAUGCACGGGACUACCAAGCAAAGUUUAUGCUGGGUUAUUGUGCGACAUACAUCUUCAUGCAAACGUUUAUGAUACCUGGAACCAUUUUCAUGUCACUGCUAGCUGGAGCACUUUUUGGUGUUGUCAGAGGUAUUCUUUUGGUUGUCUUCACUGCCACUUCUGGUGCAUCAUCCUGCUACUUUCUUUCUAAGUUAAUUGGGCGGCCCUUGGCUAAUUGGUUGUGGCCUGAAAAGUUGCGAUUUUUCCAAUCAGAGAUAGCAAAGCGGCGAGAUAAGUUGUUAAACUACAUGCUUUUCUUGAGGAUAACUCCGACAUUGCCAAACACUUUCAUUAAUGUGGCAUCUCCAAUUGUUGACAUACCAUUUCAUGUUUUCUUUCUUGCGACAUUGAUCGGUCUUAUCCCAACUUCCUAUAUUACUGUCAGGGCUGGACUUGCUCUCGGGGAUUUGAAAUCAGUCAGAGAUCUAUAUGAUUUCAAGACUUUGGUAGUUCUGUUCUUCAUCGGAUUUGUCUCCAUUUCUCCAACAAUCCUGAAGAAGAAGCGAACAUAUGAAUGAGUUUUCUAUUCAGAGAAUGUGUGUGGAUGUUGCUUGAGCACAGUAUACACUGAGAAGAACAGAAAGACUAGCAAAGUUGUGUCAUCAGUCUGAUGAGGAUAAGCUUUUGCUUUUUUCAAGCCUAUAUAUCCCUGAAGAUAGGAGCUAAUAUUUAACCUUAAAUUCAUUUAAUUAUUACCUCAAAAUAUUUUCCUCUAAAUCAAGGAUGUAAGAGAAUUCUUUGUUAUAUAGUUUGAUGUAAUAUUGGAAUGUUUAACUUUUCCAAAUCAACCUGUUUUUGUUCA